AGGCGGGGCCACGGACUAGCCAUGGAUCCUCGGAUCCCCUCCCCCGUCCACCUGUGGAGCCCGGGGCCCCUCGGGGCCUAUUCUGCAAGCUGUCCGUCCGGGGACGAGGACAUGCCGGCCAAUGCCGCCGAGGAGAAGGGCCACGCCAACCACGGAGAUGACCGCGUCUUGCUGGACACGUGGUACGUCAUCAAGCCCGGGAACACCAAGGAGAAGGUGGCCUUCUUCGUGGCCUAUCAGUGUGCCGGGAAUGGCGCCGUGCCGCGGCCCGGGGGCCCCAAGGUGAAGGGAAGGUGGAGCGCCGGCGGCAGCUCCAGGGCCAAGAGGCGACGGCACACCGUGGACCCGGACGCUCCCACAUCCGUGGCGGAGAUGGUGGCGCGCGCGGAAAGCCGCGGCGCGGAAGCUCCUCCCACGAGACCUCCGCUGGUCCUGGUGACCUCUUCGGAAAGCAGCGAGGAGGAGGAGGGGCGUUGCCGCAGCGUGGCGGAAGCCGUGGCUCAGUACGAAGCGGAACACGCGGAGCGCGAGGUGCGCAUCGCCUUUCGCGUGGCGGAGAGGCCGGGGGACCCCAUCACGUGUGACUUGUACCAGUUGCUGAGUCCGGAGCCGCACCGCGUCUGCGUCCUCCUGGAGAAGGUGGAGUCCUACCUGCCGUCCUUGCCCGACCACGUCCUCCUGGCCAUCUUCUCUUACCUGUCCACGCAGUCCCUGGCCGCCAUGAAGUGCGCGUGUCGGCGUUUCCGCGCGCUGAUGGAGGACUACGGCGUGCGCCCGUGCGACUCGCGCUGGAGUCAGGACCCGCUCUACCACGACGACCCCUGCAAGCAGUGCAAACGCACCUACAGGCGUGGCGACGUGUCCAUGUGCCGCUGGCACACUCCUCCAAAUACAGAAGUGCCACAGGCCACCUGCCCAAUCAGCUGCACAUAA